ACUAUAGAGUGAUGAUGUCAAUAUUGUAAAAAUAAAUUGUUAUCUUGCAUGGAUAUAAAAAUAAAAGUGUAUUAAUUGUUAUUCGAGAUAAAUGUAUAUUUAUAAAGUUACAUCUGUGCAAGGAAUGUAAUAUUUAUCGCUUCGCGCAAACUUGAAUAAAAGUGUUGUCUGUGGCGUGAUUGAAAAGUGAAUCAUUUAAUAAUACUGUUUAGUGCAUAUAAUAACACAGAUUAAAAGUAGCCAAAAACAUGUCGUUCAGUGACAAAAGUGCAAUAGUACCUGUGAUUAUAGAAGAACUAGAUGAAAAUGCAUUAAGCAACAUGAAUGUCGAUAUGACAGAAUUUAUUGAAGCAAAAGCUUUGGAAAUAAAAGAUGUAUCAGAAAAUGUUAUAUCAGAUGUUUAUUCCAACCAAAGCAAUUCUGCUGUGGAUAUUAACCCAGAAGCAGAAGAUCAUGAUAUAUUAAUAACUGUAGAUGAACAAGACCAAUUGACAAAGCAGUUUUUAAAUGGAGAGUUAACAUUCUCUGAGUAUUCUUCUAGAAUGGAUGAAGAUGGGGAUUUAGAAAUUGCAGAAUUUGACAUUUCUAGAAAUGAUUUAGAAAAUGAAGAAGCAGAAACAAAUAAAACAGUUCAGUCCAAAACAUUAAAGUCACAAAGUGGAGGACAAGUACGUUAUAAACGGAAAAAGAGAACACUUCCUCCUGCUCUGCAAGGUCUUAUGGGUGAAGCAAAUUUAAGAUAUGCUAGAGGAGAUACAGAAUUAGCUGCACAGAUAUGUAUGGAAAUAAUUAGACAAGUGCCAAGUGCUCCAGAACCAUUUCAUACAUUAGCAAUGAUAUAUGAAAUUGAUCAACCAGAAAAGUCACUACAGUUUGCUUUGAUAGCGGCACAUCUUAGUCCAAAGGAUGCAGAUCAGUGGGUGAGAUUGGCUAAUAUGUCCUUGGAAAGUGGAAACAUAAAACAAGCUAUAACAUGUUUUAACAAAGCAAUUCAGGCAAAUCCAAAAGAUAUAACUUUAUAUGAAACACGAGCACGACUUUUAGACCGUAAUGGAGAUAAAAGAGCGUAUUUAAAAGGAUUUUUAAAGUUAGUUCAUCAAUUGGAUCCCGAAGAUGGCCAAAACAUAAUUAAAUAUGCUAAAAUGUUAGCCAAACGAUAUAUGGAAGAGAACAAUAGUGAACAAGCACUAGAGGCAAUGGAAAAUAUUUUUUCAAAAUGUCCUGGUUUCAUUACCUUAGAAGAAGUCAAUAUUAUGACUGAGAUAUUAAUAGCAUUGAAAAAAUUUAAAAGAUGUUUAAAUAUUUUAACCACAUAUACCAGUAUUUGGGUAAAAUAUAAAACUGAUGAUACACAAGAAUCUGAUUUAAUAACAAAAAAAUCUGGAAAUGAGAAGAAAGAAGAAUCAAAAGAUCAGAAUAUAUGUGAAAUAGACUCUUGUGGAAUACCAGAUGAUGUAGUUGUUGAUUUGAAGGCAAAAUUUCUUAUAACACUUAUUGAAUUGAAUCAGAUGAAAUUAGCUGAGAAUCUUUUGCCGAAAUUUUACUUUAAUGAAAAUCCAGAAAUUUCUGGUGAUCUUUUUUUGGAUAUAGCAGAAGCUUUAAUGGGAAAGAAAGAAUUUAAACAAGCUUUAAUGUUAUUAGAACCUUUAGUCAAUAGUAAUAAUUAUAGCUUAGCUGCAGUAUGGCUACGACACGCAGAAUGCUGGGUCGGUUGUAAAGAUCUACAAAAAGCAAUAAAAUCGUAUGAAGUCGUUAAACAAUUAUCACCUCAACAUUUAGGUGCAAGAACAGCAUUAGCUAAGCUGUAUCAGUUGAAAGGGCAAUACAAUAAAGCAAUAGAAGUUCUUUAUCAAGAUCCAGAAUCAGACACUUUAGAUCCGCAAGUAAUAUAUCAGAGGACGUUACUCCUUUUCAAAGUAAAGAGAUACGAUGAAUAUUUUCAAUCUGGCCUGUUACUCUUCUCUAGACAUUGUGCAAAUAUAAGAAAUAAAGUUGAAUUAAAUGCAUUAACUAGAGCAUACGUAGUACGACAACGUUUGGAAACAUUGCAACUUCAUCGAUUAUCCCGCGGCGAAAAACUUGAAGAAGAAAAUGCACCAUCGUUUUUGAAUAAUACAGAAUUAAAUGAGAAGAAAGAAUUUCUCUUACUUUUGCAAAUGUGUAAACUAGCCUGUACAUUAAAGAAGUAUGGGUUCCUACAAAGAAUCUGUUUUAGUGCUUUAACAUCAAAAAGAUUUGAAAAAAGAAAUUCCCAUAUCAUGUUUUUAUGUUUACUUUCGUGUAUCUACAAUAAUGAUUCUUAUCACGGAUUUAAUAUUGUACGGCAAUUAAUACGUGUUUGUCAGAAACCAAAUUCGUGGAAUCUAUUAAAUAUUAUUGUACAAAAAGCAGAAGAUUGCAGACACAAUAGGUUCAUAAUGCGUCUUCUUGGAAGGGAAGAUGUGUUUUCAUAUUUAAAUAUAAUGCAUGCAAAUAAUUGUCUUAUUUCGGGAACAUAUAAAUAUGCUCUUAAUGAUUAUAUUUCACUUUUCAAAGUAGUACCUAGUGCCUUAUUAGCGUUACUUAUUGGUGUAACUUUAUUACAAAUGGCAUGCCAGAAAUUGUCUGCUAAAAAAAAUCAACUAGUAAUUCAAGCUAUUGCGUUUCUAAAGAAAUAUUCUCAACUCCGAAACGAAGAUGGUGAACAAGAGGCAUGUUAUAAUAUGGGCCGUGCUUUUCAUCAAAUUGGUUUAUUACCAGCAGCCGUACAUUUUUAUAAACUAGUACUUAAUAAAGAUCCUGGAGGUUUGAUUAAAAAGAAUUCAUAUCUAUUAGAUUUAAGAAAAGAAGCUGCCUUUAAUUUACAUCUCAUUUAUCUGCAAUCGGAAAAUUAUUUAUUAGCAAGAAUGUACCUUGAAAAUUAUAUUACAAUUUAGUUUAUAAUAUUAGUU